CAUCCGAGUCUAGGAGAAGAAGAGAAGUGAGCGAGGGAAGGGAACAUAAACAUGAAGUGGAACACAGCCGUUCAUUCUGCUCUAAAUCUGCUGUGUUUACUCUGAAGAAGAAGCAAGCAAUUACUCCAGGAGAAACUACUGACAUACUAUUGUAAAGAUGGAGUUUAAGGAAGAACCUUGUAGAAUUAAAGAUGAAGAUACAGAGGAACAAAUAGAUCUGAUGGAAGUGAAUGAAGACAAACAGCAUCCUGAUCAUUUCACAAAUGAAGAUGGAAACACAGUCAUUUCACAGACUGAAAAGGAUUUCACACAAAAACAUGCUGGAAAAUCUAGUGUCAAAGGAUCUUUCACCUGCUCUGAGUGUGAAAAGACUUAUAUGCACAAAAAAAACUUUAUUGUGCACAUGAGAAUUCACACGAGAGAAAAAAUAUUUACAUGCACACAGUGUGAAAAGAGAUUCAUUCAGAAAAAAGACUUAAUUGUGCACAUGAGAAUUCAUACUGGAGAAAAACCGUUCACAUGCAGUCAGUGUGGAAAGAGUUUCAUACAUAAAGGACACCUAAAUGUGCACAUGAGAAUUCACACCGGAGAAAAACCGUUCACAUGCACGCAUUGUGGAAAGAGUUUCAUUCAGAAAAAAGACUUAAAUAUGCACAUUAGAAUUCAUACUGGAGAAAAACCAUUCACAUGCACUCAGUGUGGAAAGAGAUUUAUUCAGAAUAAAGACUUAAAUGUGCACAUGAGAAUUCAUACUGGAGAAAAACCAUUCACAUGCACUCAGUGUGGAAAGCGUUUCGUACAUAAAGGGCACCUAAAUGUGCACACGAGAACUCACACUGGAGAAAAACCGUUCACAUGCUCUCAGUGUGCAAAGAGUUUCAUUCAGAAAAAAGACUUAAAUGUGCACAUGAGAAUUCAUACUGGAGAAAAACCGUUCACAUGCACUCAGUGUGGAAAGAGUUUCAUUCAGAAAAAACACUUAGAUGUGCAUUCAAGAAUUCACACUAGAGAAAAACCAUUCACAUGCACUCAGUGUGGAAAGAGUUUCACCCAGAAAGAACACUUUAAUGAUCACAUGAGGAUUCACACUGGAGAAAAGCCGUUCACGUGCACUCAGUGUGGAAAGAGUUUCACUCACAAAAGCUCUCUCAAAGACCAUCUGCGCUCUCACUCUGGACUGAGGUCAUUUAGCUGUGAUCAGUGUGAUAAAACAUUUGUUUUUUCAUCAAACCUAAGAAGACACCUUAAAGUUCAUACUGGAGUAAGACCUCAUAUGUGCUUUGACUGUGGAAAGACCUUCAUUACAUCAGACGUCUUAAAAACACACCAGAGAAUUCAUACUGGAGAAAAACCAUACAAGUGCUCACAAUGUGGAAAGAGAUUUGCUCGUUCAGAAUCCUUGAAAGUGCAUGAGAGAGUUCAUACUGGAGAGAAACCGCACCAGUGCUCUUCAUGUGGGAAGAGGUUUUCACUACUGACCUCUUUAAAAGUGCAUGAGAGUGUUCAUACUGGCGUGAGACCUUAUAUAUGCGUUGACUGUGGGAAGACCUUCACUACACCGAGCAUCUUAAAAAAACACCAGAGAAUUCAUACUGGAGAGAAACCGUACAAGUGCUCACACUGUGGAAAGAGUUUCACUCAGUCAGGAAACAUGAAAAAGCAUGAGAGAAUUCAUACUAGAGAGAAGCCGCACCAGUGCUGAAAUAAUACUGAAGUUUGGUCAUUUGACGAAGAAGAUUUUAGGAAGGUCAAAGUAAUAGUUCAGAAAACAAGUGUGUCGGUUAAAUGCGACAAUUUAUGAAUGGAUGUGCUUUGUUAAUUCUGAGGUGGUAAUCACAUUAAUUAUGCAUAUACAGUUGCAAGAAAAAGUAUGUGAACCACUUGCAGAAUCUGUUGUGAAUGUGAAUAAUUUUAACAAAAUGAGAGAUCAUACAAAAUGCAUGUUAUUUUUUAUUUAGUACUGUCCUGAGUAAGAUAUUUUACAUAAAAGAUGUUUACAUAUAAUCCACAAAAAAAAAAAUAUAUAGCUGAAUUUAUUAAAAUGACCCAGUUCAAAAGUUUGUGAACCAUUGAUUCUUAAUACUGUGUGUGGUUACCUGGAUGAUCUACGACUGUUUGUUUGUUUUGUGAUGGUUGUUCAUGAGUCUCUUGUUUGUCUUGAACAGUUAAACUACCCAACGUUCUUCAGAAAAAUCCUCCAGGUCCUGCAGAUUCUUCAGUUUUCCACCAUCUUUUGCAUAUUUGAACCCUUUACUGCAGUGACUGAAUGAUUUUGAGAUCCAUCUUUUCACACUGAGGACAACUGAGGGACUCAAACACAACUAAUAAAAAAGGUUCAAACAUUCACUGAUGCUCCAGGCUCCUAAUGCAUCGUGUUUCCUUAUGGAGCAUAAGUGAUUGUUUGAACCUUUUUUAAUUUAUAUAUAUAUUAUGCAUGCCAGGCCAGUAGUUAGUAGGGGUUGAAUGACCUGAGAUUUUUAAGUCAACUGUUAUGUAAUUAAAGUCAGGUCGACAUUGAUUAAUCACUGAUGAUAUCAUUAAUAAAAACAGAAGAGAUUUUGUAACAUGCCACAAUUUGCAGCUGGAAGCUAGAAGUUUGUGAACAAACGAUGUUGGUUUGAGAAACCUGAACCUCGAGCCGAGACUCGAACCUGGGUCGCCUUGUGCACAGCUGUGGCAUUUGACAAAACAUUGCCCACAAGGCUUAUUGUGGGCAAAUAACAAACAAACAAAAUCCUAAAUAACAGUUAGUUUUUAUCAGUUUCUUUUUCUUUUCUUUUUUUUGUCUAUGGGUCAUUAUAUUUAUUAGAGUUUUUUGUUCAGUCUAAAUCAGAUACAGAUAUUACACAUGCGCACUAGAGAGAUUCAUCCUUGUUCAGUUUCUGUGCUUGUUCUCUCAAAACGUUAUGGACGAAAAAUGUCUUUGUAGUGUACUCAUUUAAAAUAGAAGUGCUAGUCAAUGCGGGCGGCUGUGUUUGUUGUUGCUCUUGCUCCGUCUUCUGUUUUUUCUCAGAAUGUGAAACAUUAGCCGGUUCAGAGUUGACAUCUGGUGGACAAACUAAAGUAGUGCAAGAACAAUUCAAAGCACAUGUGUGUCACAUGUCUGCUGUGUUGUGUUUCUUAGUUUGACCUAUAGUUUCUGUCUGUCAGUCUGUUAAUUAUGUAAUUAGUUUCCGCCUGUGUUCAUAUACUUCCUCAUUAGUUCCUUUGUUUGGUCAGUUUAUUAAUAUCCUAAGUUCUGGCUUAGUCUUUGUCCCUUCUUGUCAAUGUAUGUGUCAACGUUAUAGUGUUUUUUAAGAGGUAUCUGAGUUAUGUUAUUAAAGAUCCUGGUUGCUGUU